AGCACGAGAUGACAACAAAGCAAGCUACUCGUGCUUGCAGCUCGUUCGAGUCGGCAUUCCAGUUCGUUACUCGGAAGCAAAGCCUUGGUUCAUCGUGUCUUUUCUUGUAGUCCUCGAAAUGUGUAGGCUCGUAUUCCGCGCAGUGGUUACGUUCUUGUUCUUGAUCGCUGCAGUUGAGGAUGCGUCGGGAGCUAAUCCCCUGGACAUCGCCAUGAUUACUUUAAAAGGGGAGAAGCUGGAAGAAAAACAUUAUUGCGUAUCGUAUGUUCCGGCUAUCAAGGGGAUCAAAAAAGAACAGGAAGCCGUAUUUCGACCGCUGGUAAGCCUAGUGAAUGACUCCGUCUGCGAGUACGAGAAACGUGGUUUGGAAGGCAAAGCUGUAUUGAUCGAACGCUGUUCAAAUGACACCAGCGACGAGAUCGUAAUGAAGCUGAAAUCCGCGAAAGCUUCAGCAGCAUUAAUACUCUUCACUUCAAAACAUCAGGCGAACGAGACUGAGACAAAGCUAACAAAAGUAGACAUCUCGGUUGCUUUUGUGGUGAAUAAGACUGGCUACGAAAUAGCGAAGUACGACUCUGACCACAACAGCACGUUGUACGUGAAGCUGUUUUCCAGGCCUGCUCUAUUUGAUUGGAGUUUUGCAGUGAUCUGGUUGCUGGCGGUUUUCACUGUAGUCUGCGGAUCCUUCUGGUCCGGAGUGGUGCAGCACGCUGAGUAUCAGCCAAGGACUAAAAGCAAGGGCAAGAAAAAGUCUAGGACUGCUGGCAAUCCUCCGCAACAUGCGAGCGAUGUUGACAUCCACCAAAGGAAGGCUGUCGACGUUACCGUGGGCGUACCGCAAGAGAAUUUGGAAUUCGCAGAGACUCUUCAUGACAUGGACGAGGGUAUUUCAGCCCCCCCAAUUUCGACAAAAAUUAUCAUCAUGUUCGUGGUUCACAUGUGUGUCAUGCUGCUGAUGCUCUACUACUUCUUCCGGUACCUCGUGUACGUAAUUAUGUUCAUGUUUGCGAUGGCUUCAUCGGCGGCGCUCGUCGCCUGUCUGGAGCCUCUUGUCCGUCGUAUCAAUAUAGGAACAAGGAGGGUUCCAAAGACUCUGGCGUUCUGCUGCCAAACGCCCAUGGAAGUCCGUGAGGUAGUCCUCCUGUGCAUGAGCUUCAGUGUAGGCAUCACGUGGAUUAUAAUGCGGCACCAUGAGUACGCCUGGGUCUUGCAGGACUUACUAGGCAUCGUGUUCUGUAUCAACAUGCUCAAGGGCAUUCAUCUGCCAAACCUCAAGGUUCUGAGCCUCUUGCUAAUGCUGCUCUCUGUCUACGAUGUGUUCUUUGUUUUCAUCACACCAUUCCUAUCCGCAAACCGCGAAAGCGUAAUGGUGGAAGUAGCCAAGGGUGGAAGCUCCACUGAGCAGCUCCCGAUGGUGAUCAAGUUCCCGAAGCUCAGCAAGAAUAAGUUCGAGCUCUGCAUACCGAUGAAAUUCUCGAUCUUGGGUCUUGGAGACAUUCUCGCACCUGGGGUCAUGAUCUCUUACUGCCACGCAUUCGAUCUUCUGGCACUAGGGAAACGUUUCUACUUCUACAUAGGUUGUGUAGCUUAUGGUGUUGGUAUGGUGAUGACGUUUUGUGCGUUGCACCUGAUGCAAAAUGCCCAACCCGCACUUCUGUACCUGGUGCCAUGCACGAUUACCCCUACAAUAUUGAUUGCCUGGUACAGAGGCCACCUUUACUCCAUCUGGAACGGUGUUCGUUUAUCCAGCUCAGCAGCACCGGCGACGAAAGAUUCUGUGCAAGACAACGUCGUUGCGAAAAAAGACGGUGAAGGAGAACCGGAUAAGCCCCGUGACCCCUCAAUAAAGAGUUACAGUAGAGGAGUGUCACCAGUGAAUUCUGAGGCGGAGCUCCUGCCAGGUGCAGAGACAGAUCGUGAAUCGACAGUCAAGGCCCGCCAGAGGAAGGGCAAAAGGAGGACCAAUAAGGAUACAGUCGCUCAACCUCCAGAAGGGUCUCCUGGUGAACGGGAAGAAUGUCGGAGUUGCCUGAUACCUCUAGGGUCCCCCGCGUCUCCGGGCGGAGAUAAUACUCCAUUCUUAAGUCCUGUCAAGCUAAGGGAUACUGCAGCACUGGACCCUGAACCAGAGGUUGUGCCAUCAACGUCUCGAAGGAGGGUCCCAGGACAUUGGGACGGAUGCUCACCACGUGUUGCCACUUCACAUGGCAAUAACAUGGAGGCCAUAGCAGAACCUCCGUUUCCUGUCCCACUUUGAGUUCGGUUCUAUUUUCUUCCACGCAAUACAAAAUACAGAAUAUAAACUUGCUAAAAAUGUUC